AUGGAUGGGGUGGAGUCAGCUCUGAGCAACGAGAUCCUAUUGACCCGAUCUGUUCCCCCCGCCCAGCCCACGUUAAACGUAACACGUGAUCUUCCUGUGCCACCGGGAGAGAAUGUGACCUUGACAUGUACUCCGUUCACAGACGGUAAUGAUCUUGUUUAUUUGUGGAAGAAAAACGGUUCGGAUUUUAUCAGGCAAACACAAUCGACUCUCCAAAUCGUCCGUUUCUUGCCCGGAGACUCUGCCUCGUACACCUGUCAAGUUCAGAACACGACGUCACAGCUGCUAUCCCCCGAAAGUAAUGACAUACUUCUCCAGUUUUUUCUGACAACUCCGGAGUUGUCUGUUUACGCGUUGCCCAGAGUGGCCAGAGACAUGCCUAAAGAGACUCUCCAAGUAGUGAACGGUGAUGAUGUGGAACUCACGUGUAAGAGCCCUGACCCAGUUGAACGAUUCCUCUGGCAAACACCACAGGGCUGGACCACCAAUACGACGUCAUCUGAGACUUUUGAGUUGCGUAAUUUCCAGUCUGUUCAUGCCGGAAACUACACAUGUUUCUCAACGAUAGGAGAUGUAACCUCAGCACAAAGCAACAGCGUAACACUGGAGGACAGGAUUCCUGCCACGCCCACUUUGUCCGCUGACGUCUCAAUAGUGAUGUGGGGAUCUUCCGUUACAUUAACGUGCAACACGACGGACGUGGGAGUUAAGAACUACUUUUUCUUCCAUAGCUUUUGGAUUAUGAGACGAACGCCGACAUUUCAGUUGGACAACUUUGACCAAAGGUAUAUGGGAUCGUACAAGUGUCAAACAAAGGUAAGCAACAUCUUCUCACCGUCGAGCAAUUUUGUAACCUUGAGUCUCGCUGACCCCACGCCAUAUAUCCUCACCAACAAGUCGGCACCAUUUCCAGGGGAAAACGUUGAACUUAGUUGCUCUUCUACAGUAUCAACUUCUGUAGACUUUUCCUGGAAGCUCAAUGGAAAACCGAUGGCGAACGCAAGCACAGACACAAUCAGUGUCUCACACUUUGGAGAAGAUGACGUAGGCAACUAUACAUGUGACGUGGAAGUGUCUGAUGGCACAAUCUUUACUAGCAGCCCUUUGGAACUGUCCAUCAAUACGUCCAUACCGAAAUUUACAUCAUCUCUAACAAAUGUUCCUGAAGGUACUCUGGUGAAACUCUCUUGUCAAUCUCACAAUCCCAUGCAUCUCAGGUUCCGCUGGCAGAAAGAUGACGUCAUAUUCGGGGAAGGAGCUGCAUCCACAUUUAAGAUUUUAAAUUUCGAGAGUAAAGACGAGGGCUUAUACCGUUGUCUCGCAAGCGACAUCAGUCAAAACUGGACAUUGAGCACACCAGAAAAUCUAACCGUCAUUCCUUACAACUCACUUUGUAAAUGUAAGUGCAUUGCCAAUUCCACUAGUGUGGUACUCUCUUUGGAAGAAGUUCAAGAAGUGGCGGCAGACAUUCAACGCAAUUUAAGUGUGGACCACGCCCACCUCUCGUCUACCGUGAGAAAAGUGACGUCAGCACCCGAUGAACGAGCGUCCAGCAUGUCUACUGGUGCAGGGGCCAUCGCCAUGUUGUCUCUGGUCUUCUGCGCCAUCAUCAUCGCCGACUUGGUAUCUGCUAUCUAUUAUAUCAUGGCUACAGUCCAAGCUUGGCGGUUGCCGUUUGAUGGCAAAGUUCGUGUUUCCUAA